AUGUCCAGCAAUGACACCGGUCUCGAGAGCUCGCUGAGCUCUCUCAACGUCAACGGCGGCGCGCCCAAGCAGGCCUACGUCCCGCCGCACAUGCGCAAGUCGAUGUCGGCCACGCCCGCUGCCCCGCCUCCUGGCCCCGCCCCCUCGGCGCGCCCUGCCGCCGGCGGUGCCGGUGGCUUCGGCGGCGCCGCCCGCACCGGCGGUGGCGGCUUCGGCGGCGGCAGCGCGUUCGCCGGCCGCGACGGCUACGGCGUGUGGCGCGACGGCAAGCACCAGCCGGGCCCGUCGAACCAGCGCCUCGAGAAGGAGCUCUUCGGCGACCUGGGCGACGUCACCAAGCAGCAGACGGGCAUCAACUUUGACGCGUACGCCGACAUCCCCGUCGAGGCGACCGGCACCGACGUCCCCGAGCCCGUCACCGAGUUCCUGCCGCCCAUCGACGCCCACCUCCUCGAGAACAUCAAGCUCGCGCACUACAAGACGCCGACGCCCGUCCAGAAGUACUCGGUGCCCAUCGUCAACGGCGGCCGCGACCUCAUGGCCUGUGCCCAGACGGGCUCGGGCAAGACGGGCGGCUUCCUGUUCCCGAUCCUCUCGGCCCUGUUCACGUACGGCCCGCGCGCCAACCCGGCCGCGGACGCCGGCCGUGGCUACGGCCGCAACCGCAAGGCGUACCCGACGGCGCUCGUGCUCGCCCCGACGCGCGAGCUCGUGUCGCAGAUCCACGAGGAGGCGCGCAAGUUCGCGUACCGCUCGUGGGUCCACCCGGCCGUCGUGUACGGCGGCGCCGACAUCGGCUCGCAGCUGCGCCAGCUCGACAUGGGCUGCGACCUCCUGUCGGCGACGCCCGGUCGCCUCGUCGACCUCAUGGAGCGCGGCCGCAUCUCGAUGGCCAACGUGCGCUACCUCGUCCUCGACGAGGCCGACCGCAUGCUCGACAUGGGUUUCGAGCCCCAGAUCCGCCGCAUCGUGCAGCAGGCCGACAUGCCCGACGUCAUGGAUCGCCAGACGCUCAUGUUCUCGGCGACGUUCCCGCGCGAGAUCCAGAUGCUCGCGCGCGACUUCCUCAAGGACUACAUCUUCCUGUCGGUCGGCCGCGUUGGUUCGACGUCGGAGAACAUCACGCAGAAGAUCGAGUACGUCGAGGACGAGGACAAGCGCUCGGUCCUGCUCGACAUCCUGUUCGCCCUCCCGCCCGGCGGCCUCACGCUCGUCUUUGUCGAGACCAAGCGCAUGGCCGACAUGCUCGAGGGCUUCCUCGCCCAGAACAACUUCCAGGCGACGUCGAUCCACGGCGACCGCACGCAGCGCGAGCGCGAGUACGCCCUCGAGACGUUCCGCUCGGGCCGCACCCCGGUCAUGGUCGCGACGGCCGUCGCCGCUCGCGGUCUCGACAUCCCCAACGUCACGCACGUCGUCAACUACGACCUGCCGUCCGACAUCGACGACUACGUCCACCGCAUCGGUCGCACCGGUCGCGCCGGCAACACGGGUGCCGCCACGGCCUUCUUCAACCGCGGCAACCGCAACAUUGUGCGCGAGCUCAUCGAGCUCCUGCGCGAGGCCAAGCAGGACGUCCCGGCCUGGCUCGAGUCGGUCUCGUCCGAGUCGGGCGGGUUCGGCGGUCGCGGCGGCGGCGGCGGCCGUGGCGGUCGCGGUCGCGGUCCCUCGCGCGACGUCCGCUCGGGCGGGUUCGGCGGCGGUGCCUCGUCGCGCAUGGGCGGCGGCGGCUUCUCGUCGGGCGGCGGCGCCGGUGGCUGGGGCCCGGCGGGCGGUGCGGCCGGCAGUGCGGGCGGCUUUGGCCCCCCUCGCACCGGCGGCGGCAGCUACGGCGGGUACGGCGGCGCCCCGGCCGGCGGCGCGUCGUACGGCGGCGGCUCGUCGGCGUGGUACUAGGCUCGUCGUCGACGUCGUCGACGGCUAGCCCGGUCCUCCUCCUCCUUCCCUCUCGCUUCUCGAUUUGCCCUUCCUCGCCUCGCCUCGACUCGACUUUCCCCGGCCUCUCUUUCUCUCGUCAGUACCGCGCAUCUACACCCAUCAGCAGUCAGCCAGCAUCAUCAGCAUCACCUCGAGAACACGGACGAUUUUCCCCCUCCUUCCCCCUCCCUCCCUCACCCUCUUUCGCCCUGUACCACCAGCAGGGCUUUCGACGCGGCGCGUCAUGCCCCUCUCUCCUGUACUGGGGAGCCCUUCCUCCUUUUCUCUCUCGCCGCCGCAUCAUAGACUCGUCGUCGUCGCCGUUGGCGCCGACAACCACCUCCUCCCUCCGUCGUUGUCCCCAGUCUCUCGCACCAGAUGCCCCUCACAGAUGCCCCCCACCUGCCUGUUUACCCCUUGUAAGAGACGCAGUACUGUAACUUUGUCCUUUGCCUUGCCAA